AAUCAUAUCCCCCCCACACAUUCAGAAGAAAAUCAUCAUAUACUUGAAGAGGAAAAGAAAAGAGUUCUGAAAAUGGCACAAAAAGCUUAUGAAGAUUUUAUACCUAAAAGUGAGGUUUUAGGAGAGACAGAUGCUACUGCCCCUACAGUCAUUAAUAUUUAUUUGCCAGGUUUCAAGAGGGAAGACUUAAAGGUUUCACUUGGUCAACCAGCCAAACCAAGGAGAUUGAUGAUGACAGGAGUAACACCUAUAGGGGGUGGUAAAAAAUGGCUCAGGUUUAUAAAAGAGUUCCCAAUUUCACCAGAUUGCGACACGGGCAAGAUUUCGGCGAAAUUUGACAAAGAAAUUCUGAGCAUCACACUACCAAAGAAGACCGCUAGCGUGCAAAAACCCGAUGAAACGAAGGAGAAUAAAGAGAGUGGUCAAGGGCAGCAGGCAAAAGGACAAACAGACACUACUAAUAGCUCCCAGCAAACCACAAAGGGUGUUGAUCCUCUUGAACAUAAACCCGAUCAUGAUCAAAACCCAACCAAUGGCUCUGUUCAAGACACAAAGAACAAGAAAACUGAAGAACCCGCGGCUCCCCAAGUGAAAGGAAAGGCUGGCAUUUCAGAAGAGGAGCCGAAACCGGAAGAGUCAAAAGGACAAACCAACACUACUUCCCAGGCAAGCGCAAAGGUUGUUGCUCAUCCAGAGACAAGGGAAGAGGAGAGCUCUGAGGUUGGUCAAGGAGGGUCAGCUUCUGAGCCUCCUCCUCCAAAGCCUCAAGAGACAAACAAGAAAGCUGAAGAGCAGAAAAGUGGUGAACCCGCAAGUCCCCAAGUAAAUGGAGAGGUUUCAAAAGAGGUGCCGAAACAAGAAGAGCCAAAGAGCCAUGUACAACAGGCAAAACAACUUAAUGAAGUGAAUGGUGCAAAGAGUGAAACUACUACCGAUGGCAAUGAGAAAGAAGAAGGGGAUACCAAAAAUGCAGUCAAGAGGAAGGGCUAUGAGUGUACCUUUGCCGAAACGAAGCUGAGGAAGCGCGUGAAAAUGUUGAAUUUGGCUCUGGCGGUUUUGGCUGGCAUUGGCAUUGGACUGUAUGUUAAGAACAUGAUUAGAUCCUAUGGUGGGGAGGCUGAUGAGUGAAUAUCCUGUUAGCCUUGGUUUGCUGAAUCUAAGGCGUGGACAAAACGAGUAACAUAUCCUGCACAACUAGAAUUGUGAAUCACACAACUUACAUGCGAUUGAUUUUAUAUUUAUUGAAUGUAAUGUAAUAACAUGCAUUUAAAAAAAAUAACAACAUUAAGGUAAUUGCAUGGAUGGAAGCACUUAAGGCAUUUAUUUCUCAACACUUGAAAAAUGAUUGUGUCAUUACAGAUGAGUAUCUUCAUUUUAAGAGCACACAGUUCAAUAUUCUUAAUUUUAAGUUUUUUUGUAAAAUUUGUAAUAAAUAGGACUAAAACAU